AUGAUUGACAUUCUGUUCAUCUUCAAAACUCUUCAUACCAUAUUAGGAGUGUCUGGAUGUAUUUUCAACGUUCUUUUGAUCUACUUAGCGAAGUUUAAAUCGCCAUCAGCCAUCAAGUCCUAUGCGACAUUAAUUGUCAACUUCGCCUUCACCGAUUUCUGUGUAUGCUUCCUCGACGUGUUCAUCGAGCAACGACUGAUUCCCGCCGGUGGGGGUCUUUAUUUUGUUUCAAGUGGAUAUUGCAUAUAUUUUGGACCUUAUGCUUGUCACGUCGGAUUCGGUUUAAUGCUUCAUUUCCUUGCUCACUCCCUUUGGUCCCUUCUAAUAUCAUUCUCAUACAGGUUCUAUGUUCUAUAUUAUCCAGCUCCGAAAAAGAGUACAAUGGCGUUUAUUUUAUUAUUGGUGUAUCAACCUUCGUUGUUCCAAGCCGUAUUGUACAUAUCAUCGUACAACGAAUCAAAUGAAGUUCGCGAGACUCUACAACAAACGUUUCCGAGCUACAAUCUAACAGAGACUGUUGUCAGUGGUAACACGAACAUUCUGCGCUUCUCAGCCCUCUUUACCGUUCUCCAUAUGAAUCUUCCAAUCAUUCCAGUAUAUCUCGGAAUCAUUUUGCUUCGUCGCAAAAUCAUUAAGCGAUUGACCUACUCCGGUGUUGGAAUAACAGGAAAAGCCAAAGUGUUGCACAAGCAACUGCUGUUGGCGCUGACUUAUCAAGCAUUGCUCCCGGGAUUCUAUGUAUUCGCUGUGCUUUCGUACGCAUGCGGUCAAUUCGGCUUCAUCCAUCAUCCGGCUUUGGAAUACGAGCAAGCGGUGACGAGUCGCUUGCUUUAUCUCGAGCUGAGCUACGACAUAAGAAAUGACUGCUAUCAGACGGAAUCCGGAUGGGAUGAGGCGUUGCUGAACGAAUAA